GCGAUGCAGUGGAACCCAGCCCACAUGUAGGAACUUGAAUUGAAAGUUGAAACAUUUUCAUAUUCAUAUUCUCUCUCAACUCUCAACUCUAAACACAGAAUCAGAAUAAUAAUAAAAGGUGUUGAACCCUUGAAAGUUGAAAGCCCAAACUUUUCUUCUUCCUCUUCCUCAGCCAUGAAGAAGCUCUACCGUAACCGGAAAGGAACCGUCCACCCUUCGCCGCCCACCAUCUCCGACCACCUCUCCUUCCUCCCCGCGGCCAUCCUCGCCCUCACCCUCUCCCUCUCCCAGGACGACCGCGAAGUCCUCGCCUACCUCAUCUCCGGCAACCCUCGCCAGAACCCUAAGCUCGCCGUGGAGGCCGCCGAUCAUCCUCCUCUCUUCGACUGCAGCUGCUUCCGUUGCUACAUGAGCUACUGGGUCCGCUGGAACUCCUCCCCCAACCACCAACUCAUACACCAAAUCAUCGACGCUUUUGAAGACUCUCUCGCACGCUCCUCCUCCAAGCCCUCCAAAAAGGAUAAGAGAAACAAGAGAGCUUCCAGGCCCAAGUCUCCCCCCUCGCCGCCCCCAUCGCCGCCGGAGAGUGUCGCUGCCUCCCACGAUGCUGACGUUCCUCAUGUGGGGGAGGAUCCGGAGAAAGGCUCUGUCAGAAGGUUUGUUAGUUUCAUUGGAGAAAGGAUUUGGGGUGCUUGGGCUCAGUGAGGAAGCCUCGCUAAUUUAAUCUCUCCCCUUUCUUCCUCUCUUUUCUUUCUUUUAUUUUUAAAAAACUUCUUUUUGUACAUUAAUCACUUCUCUGCAAUGUAUACAAAAACGAAUGCCAGCUCCGUUUUUGCUUUCCAUGGAAUUACUUUUUUAUAGUUUCA